AUGGGCGCAGCUGCUGCCGGUGACGGAGCUCCGUCUCCUCCGUUGUUCGUGUCCGUGGCCGCACUCUCCUCCUCCCGCCGCCGCCUAUCCGCUAGCUUCGUGGAGCGGAGUCGCCCUAUAUCGUCGGAGAAGCCGACGGCAUGGAUAUCGCUCCAGGGGCGGCUCCUCAACGCCGAUGAAGCCAGCUCCGCGCGAACCAUCGGCGGCGGCUUAAGCGCCGAACAAGCCCUCGCUUGGAACCUCUUCCCUCCAAUCUGUAGGUUCCUCGUAGUCGCUGUCAUUGGCACCGCCGUUGCACGCUCCCGAAAGGACCUUCGCAUCUGCCACCUAAAAAAAUCCGUUGAACUGAGGGACCAGGUGCUGUCGAGCAUGCAGCAGAAGCUUGACACUCUUUGCGAGUUGGUUAACAAUUCUAAAGAAUAUUCAACUACUGCCAUGAAAAAGUCGUGUGACAAGGAUGGGGAAUAUAAAUUGAAUGAGGCUUUUGGAACUGAGAAAGAUAAGCUUGUUGAAUGCGGUUGUUGGCAAUGUGAACAACACUCUUCUUUCUUUAACGAAUUAACGGGUGCCUCUGUUGCUAGAAAUUCCGGUGCUAAUGAGGUGCUGCUAUUCAAGACGCCCUUCCCUAAUGAAGAUCAAGAGGAGCGAAGAAUGUCUGACAUGUCAGAUUGGGCUUCAAGUGUCACAUCUUCCGCUGAUAUCCAGUUAAACAACUUGGCUGUAGAACAAGAUAUUUUUAAUCUUAGGAGGGACUGUGAAGAGAAGGAUACCACAAUAAAGGAGCUAACGACCCUGUUGAACUCUAACGAGGUUGCCAAUUGCAAGAGGAUUGCUGAAUUAGAAGACAUUAUACGGAGGAAGAAUACAACAAUUUCAAAAUUAAAGAAAGACAUGUCGGUUCUAGAACAAAAGGUUGUGCAGCUUACAAGGCUUCGUCGACCCUCUUUCUCUGCCAGUGGGUCAAAUGACAGUCAGCUCCCGCAUAUUAUGAUAGAUAACCUUCUUUACGACAUGGAUAGCACCACUAGCCCCUCCGCUUCUGAUUCAGAUAGUUCUUCUGUCAUAAAAACACCAGAUCUUCCAGCUGAUGUUGUCCUUGAAAAGGAUUCUGCCUCCAAAAUUGAUCAGAAACCUACAUCAGCAAAAGUAUCUAAUUCAUCAGGGAGAGUUUUUGAACGCCACUCAAAGUCUCGAUCCAUUAGUCCUUGUAAAGAAGUUUCAAGUAGCCGAAAAUCCAAUGCAGCUUCUUCUUCAGUCCAAAAGCAAUUGUCAGCUCGUGGAGACUUGAAAAAGAGUAGAAGACGAUCUCUUAAUGGAGACAAGAGUACGACUGCUAACAAGAGAUGGGUAUAA